UGCUUUGGUUAUAUUAUUCCACUUUCAGUAGUCGAAAGUCGGAAGAAGUUGUUUGAGUGGAGAUCCAACGUCAUGAUAUUCGUUAAUGGUGCUCCUUUUGAUACCGACACUUCAUCUUCGAAGUGAAUAGGUAAUAGACCAUAAGAUAUUUUCCUACAGGAAAAUGGUACCCUUCUUGCUUUGAUGAACCACCCUACACUGGUAUCUGCUACAAAGUCAUUCAAGGCUAUUCCAGAGAGGAAAUUUAAAAUUCCUGAAGAGUCUGGCCCAGAGAGAUCAGAAAAAUGUAAAUGGGUCUAUUUGUUCCAAAGAGAAUAUGCAACUGCAGAUCCAGCACUGGUUGAUUUUAUUGGAACUGAUGAAGCAACGACCUGUGUCAGCUUUACUAUUAGGAAUCGGAAAAGUGGAAUAACCUCAGUUGCUCAUAUGGAUUCCCCAAAUAUUGUGGAUAACGGCCUCAACCAGAUGCUUUCAUCAUUUAUUGAUCACUGUUCGGAUGAUAAUCUAGAUGUGCAUAUGGUUGGUAGUUUUGAAGAUGUUUCUCCUGAUCAUGGUAGUGAUAGCUCUGGCUCUGAAAGUGAUGGAAAUUUGGAUGGUUACUCCUUCUCGUUGUGUUCCAAAAUUAUUGAAAUUUUGAUAAUGAGAGAGGAGAAAUUUCACUUUCAAACUCUAUGCGUCCUUGCACAUAACACCAGGAGGGAUUCCGAAGGAAAUGCAUGCCCCAUUUUUAAUGGUCUUGCGGUAGAAAUGUCAACUGGAUCAGUGAUCCCAGCCAGCUUUGAUACGACUUCAAGAUGUCCUGAUGAAAUUGUCAGGAGAAUUCGUGUUACUGCAUCUUAUGAAGAUCAUCAAUGGGAUGGGAAGUUGCUGGAAACAUAUAAUACUCGAACUGAUAGAUUUGAGAUCGCUCCAUGUCGCUGGACUUGGCGUCAAGAAAGAAUUGCUAGAAGAUUGAGAGAUCUGUCUGAUUCUGAGGUCCUCCAUAUAUGUUCUACUUCACCUUCUGCCGAGGCUCCAGAUUUUGUUACGAACGAAAGAAGGAAGUGGGAAUACUUGAUUCAACACCCGGACUGGAAAGAAACAUUUCCCAUGGAGCAGCCACGUGUAUUUGAGAGGACUGCUGAUGGAGAUUGGAAAAUGUGCUAAUCACCAUUUCUCUGUAUCAUCUACUCAAAUACACAUAUUUUUAAUGUUUGGUUGUUUGACUCAGGUUGACAUGACAUUGUUGUUGAAUUCUCCAUGAUUUUUUUUACCCAUAUAGAAAACUUAAAUAGUAUUAUUGAGAAUAAGAAGAAUGUUAUCCAAGAUGGGUUACUCAAACA